GGCAACUUUGCUUGGGUCGGGCAACGUAUAUAAUGCCGCCGCUGGACGAGUAUGGCAUACAGUUAGUCAGCUUUUGGUGAACCCAGCAGCUCAUAGAAGGUGUUCAAGAUGAAAUUCCUUUCUCCUCUUGUUCUAUUGGUGGUGUCGGCCUACCAAGUAUCCUGUGGAGAUGUCUUUGGACUUCAUGGUGGCUUAGGCCACGGAGUCAUUGGAGGUGGCCAUGGACUCAUUGGAGGUGGCCAUGGACUCAUUGGAGGUGGCCAUGGACUCAUUGGAGGUGGUUCUGGAUUCAUUGGUGGUGGUGCUGGAUUCGUAGGAGGUAGCCAUGGAAUCAUUGCCGGUGGCCCAGCCGUCCACGCUGUCGUGAGCCAGCCCAUUAUUGAGAAGCACAUUACCCAGCCUAUUGUGCGUACUCACAUCAACAAGCCCAUCAUUGACAAGCACAUCACCGAGCCUAUCCUGCGUACUCAUAUCAACAGGCCCAUCAUUGACAAGCACAUCACCGAGCCUAUCGUGCGCACUCAUGUCAACAAGCCUAUCAUUGACAAGCACAUCACCCAGCCCAUUGUACGCACCCACUUCAACCAGCCUAUCAUUGACAAACACGUUACCCAGCCUAUUGUUCGCACUACCGUCAACAGGCCCGUCAUUGACAAGGAAGUCACCAUCCCAGUAGUCCGCACCAAGAUUAACAGGCCCGUGAUCAACAAGGAGGUCACCAUCCCAGUCCUGAAAACCACCGUCAACAGGCCCGUCAUCCACAAGGAAGUCACCUCCCCCAUCCUGAAGACUACCGUCAACAGGCCCAUCAUCCACAAGGAAGUCACCUCCCCCAUCCUGAAGACUACCGUCAACAGGCCCGUCAUCCACAAGGAAGUCACCUCCCCCGUCGUGAAGACUACCGUCAACAGGCCCAUCAUCCACAAGGAGAUCACCUCCCCUGUCUUGAAGACUGUUGUUAACAGGCCCGUCAUCCACAAGGAGGUCACUGCUCCUGUUGUGCACACCUCUGUGCACCAGCCUGUCAUCCACAAGCAGGUCACAGCUCCCAUUGUGCACCACUCCGUGAGCCACCCAGUGGUCCACAAGCACGUCGACUUGGGCGUCCACGGUCUCCUCCACUAAGACGUGAGGUGGUCCUCUUGUAAAUAUGUAAUCUUUCGAGACUUCUCGAGAUACGAGGAGAUAGGAAAGGCACCUUGAAGAUUGCUCUAGCAAGAUAUUCUUUAAGGCGUCGCCGUCCAAUUGUAGUUUAACUGCUGGUACCACCGAAGCAUUAGAUUUUCGAAAGAAGUCAAUACUUCUUAAAUUUCUUUAAGUAGAUUAUCGAAAACUUCGAAAACGAUCAUGUUUCUUAUUCCGAAUAUUCGAUGAGUUUCUUCCUUUUGGAAUCAAAUUGUCAAAAUUUUUGUAUAAGCAGUUAUCUUACAACAUAGUAAUAAAGCUUAAAAUGAAUA